UUUCCACGACAUGUUGGCUGGUGGUUACGGGCCUUGGCCGCUAUCGCUGUCGCCAAUUGAUGCCGUAGAGAGCAGUGGAGUGCUGGAGUGCAGGCCGGCUGCCGUGCACCAUGCAGAAAGGGAACUGGCGUUGCUUGUCGUUCCGGAUGAGUCGGACCGCAAUUGGGUAUUCUCGAUCAGGGCGGUCUUUAUUGAGGAGGGUUGGCUACGGUACUGUGUAGGUGGUUGAAGAAGACUGACUGACUG